AUGUCUUUCCAGAAGCCCGAGAAAGAUUUCGGCGAGGGCCCCAAGGUCCACAAGAUCCGCAUCACUCUUACCUCGCGCAAGGUCCAGUCCCUCGAGAAGGUGUGCACCGAGCUGCUCGAGCGCGCGAAGAGCAAGAACCUGCGCGUCAAGGGCCCCGUUCGCCUCCCCACCAAGACUCUCAAGAUCGCGACCCGCAAGACUCCUUGCGGUGAGGGUUCCAAGACCUGGGAUCUCUUCGAGAUGCGCAUCCACAAGCGCCUGAUCGAUCUGAAUGCGCCGACCGAGGUGGUCAAGCAGAUCAUCAUCAACAUUGAGGCUGGUGUCGAGGUCGAGGUCACCAUUGCUGCUUAA